GUUUCUCUCUAUAAUCCCAUAACCAUACUAGUUAGAAGGAAAGAGAAGCAAACCAAGGCUCUGUUCUGUUUCAUCAAUUCCCAUUUCUCUCUUACUAUCAGUGAAUGCAAACUUGCCUUCCUUCACUAAAGAAAUGGAGAUUGGAUCAUCAAACCAUGAGAAGGCAGGGGUUUUUGCUCGUGGGUGGUGGUGGCUCAAAGCCUUGCCUGUGAAGUUCAAGACCAUGAUAGUUGGGUUGCUGGAGAAGAUAAUAAAGGUGGGAAAAGAUGACCCAAGAAGGGUCAUCCACUCUCUGAAAGUGGGCAUUGCUCUCACCUUGGUUUCACUCAUUUACUACUUUAGACCCCUCUAUGAUGGAUUUGGAGCUGCGGGUAUGUGGGCCAUCUUAACUGUGGUGGUUGUCUUUGAAUUCACUGUAGGUGCAACUUUGGGUAAAGGUAUAAACAGAGGAAUUGCAACAUUACUAGCUGGUGCUCUUGGUCUAGGAGCUCAUCAAUUAGCAAGUCUUUGUGGACAUAAAGGAGAGCCCAUAAUUCUUGGUCUCUCUACCUUCUUACUAGCGGCGGCAUCGACAUUCUCGCGAUUCUUUCCAAAAAUCAAGCAAAGAUAUGAUUAUGGGGUGGUGAUAUUCAUAUUAACUUUCAGUUUAGUAUCAGUAUCUGGCUAUAGAGUAGACAAGAUUAUAGAAAUGGCUCAUCAGAGGCUAUCAACAAUCAUCAUUGGUGGUUUUACAUGUGUGACUGUGUCCAUUCUCAUCUGCCCAGUGUGGGCAGGUGAAGAUCUUCAUAACAUGGUUGCACAAAACAUGGAAAAGAUUGCAAGUUUCCUAGAAGGGUUUGGAGGAGAGUAUUUUAGCAGAAGCCCCGAGGAUGGAGACAACCCUGUGACCUCUAAAAAUCAAAACACAUUCCUUGAGGCAUAUAAAAGUGUUCUCAAUUCAAAAGCCACUGAAGAAUCCUUGGCUAAUUUUGCAAGGUGGGAACCGGGUCACGGCCAUUUUAGGUUCCGUCAUCCAUGGAAACAAUAUCUGCAAAUUGGAACUUUAAAUCGACAAUGCGCAUAUCUAAUUGAAGCUCUUAAUGGUUGCAUCAACUCUAAGAUCCAAGCACCACCUGAAUUCCGAAAGAAAAUUCAGAAGGCAUGCACAGAUAUGAGCUUGGAAUGUGGCAAAGCUUUGAAGGAAUUAGCCUCAGCAAUCACAGAGAUGAGACAACCUUGCUUGGCUGAUCCCCCAGUUGAAAAUGCAAAAAAUGCAGCAAGUGACCUCAAGGCUUCACUCAAAACAGCAAUCCUAGAGAAUUCAGACCUCUUAGCGAUAAUGCCGGCAGCCACAGUUGUUUCAUUGCUAGUUGAGAUCGUACACUGCACAGAGAAGAUUGCAGAGUCUGUCCAUGAACUCGCUAACUUAGCUCAUUUCAAGAAAUCAGACCCGACAGUAGCACCUGAGAAACCGCAAUUACUUCACAGGGGAACUAUAAAACCACUUUCCGGUGAUGAGAACCCUCAAGUUGUGAUCACAAUACCUGACCCCCUUGCAAUUAAUACCGAAAUUGCUAAUCCAGAAUGUGUAAAUAAACAUUACUAAAAUUCAAACAAUAUAUGAUACUCAUAACU